GUGAAAUGGUGAGAAAAGAGGCAGAAGCGGUGUGUGUUCUCCACCCAGGCGACUCCUCCCACCUCACCACAAGUCCAGUAUUCUCUGCUGUCCAAUCUCUGCUGCCUAUGGAGGGGGAUCUUUCCCUGUGAUUGGCUCAGAGUUUUAGUGAUCCCGCCCUUCCUGAGGAGUUGGGGAGAGUUCAGUUAGUUUUCUUUCUGAGUUGCAGAAAAGGGAGUGUGGAGAAGUGUGUGUUUUGGGGCUGUACAGUCCUUUGUCUGCACCGCACAGGCAGAGCGCGUGGAUCUUGGUUUUGCUGUCUGUUUUAGGUAGACCAGGUGGACUGAUCUGACAGAUCAACAUGUGGGCUGCAGGUCCACAUAAAGAGCAGGCCUGCCCUGCUCUGGGGUCUGACUGCUAAGCAUGCUGGAAAAGGCGCCCCCAACAACCAGCAGCCUCAACCUGGUGACCUCUGAGGUUUCUGACACCACAGCAGCUUCAGACACUGUAGAUGGUACAAAGAUGGUCGACGUUGUGGAAAGUCUUGAUGCCAGAGAGUUGGACAUGGGAGAAGGAGAGGAGCCCGACUAUGAUGGGAACUACUUGGGAGAUUGUCGUAUACCAUUUUCAGCUGUGUACGCAACAGUCGGCUUCAAGGAAGCUGACGCGAAGGUCUAUCUUCCCACUGUUCCCAUCACUGCCCGCAUUCUGGAGGUGGAGCGCUUCACUACUGCACAGGAGCGCUCCAACUUGUCACAGCACAGGAGUGUGAACAAGUCUCUGCCUGCAGUGUUUAGGAUUGAGCUCAAACAUGGCGAGUUUACCUGGGUGGUCAAGAGAAAAGAGAAGCACUUCAUGGAACUGCACAGAGAGCUGAAGACAUACAAAACCCUCAUUAGGAUACCGCUGCCAUCUCGCAGCCAUACAGUGAGGAGGCAGACAGUGAGGAAGAGUGAGGUUAGGGAGAUGCCCUCCUUGCCCAGAGGAGGAGGAGAUGAGCUGGUGCGAGAUGAGCAGGUCUCCAGCAGGAGAAGGCAGUUAGAGGACUAUUUGAACACGCUUCUGAAGAUGGCCAUGUACCGCAAAUAUCAUCAUACUAUGGAGUUCAUUGACGUCAGCCAGCUGUCUUUCAUCCAUGACUUGGGGCCCAAAGGACUGGAGGGGAUGAUCUAUAAGCGUUCAGGUGGACAUCGUAUUCCUGGUUUGAACUGCUGUGGUCACGGUCAGGCCUGUUACCGCUGGUCCAAACGCUGGCUUGUGGUGAAAGAUUCCUUCCUGGUGUACAUGAAGGCAGAUAAAGGAGUGAUCUCCUUUGUUCUACUGGUGGACAAAGAGUUCAGCAUCAGGAUGGACUCCAAGGACACAGAGACCAAACACGGAGUCCGGAUCGAUAGUCUUUCAAGGACACUUGUGUUUAAGUGCAGCAGCUACAGACAUGCACGCUGGUGGGGCCAGAGCAUUGAGAGCUUUGUGCGGAAUCAUGGGAAGGCGUUUCUUCGGGAUCACCGCUUUGGAUCAUUUGCACAAGAGGAGGAAAACGUCCCUUCCAAGUGGUAUGUGAACGGAAAGACUUACAUGGAGGAUGUGGCUGAUGCUUUGGAAGAAGCUAAAGAGGAAAUCUUCAUCACUGACUGGUGGUUGAGUCCAGAGAUUUUCCUGAAGAGGCCUGUUGUAGAGGGCAACAGGUGGAGGCUGGACUGUAUACUCAAGCGCAAAGCACAACAGGGAGUGCGGGUCUUUGUGAUGCUGUAUAAGGAGGUGGAGCUUGCACUGGGCAUCAACUCAGGCUACAGCAAACGGACGCUCAUGCACCUUCACCCAAACAUCAAGGUGAUGCGUCAUCCAGACCACGUCUCCUCCUCUGUCUAUCUCUGGGCCCACCAUGAGAAGAUUGUGGUUAUCGACCAAUCGGUGGCCUUUGUGGGCGGGAUCGACCUGGCAUAUGGCCGCUGGGAUGACAAAGAGCAUCGACUGACUGAUGUGGGCAGUGUGACCCGCUCUGUGGCCCCUGAGCAGGUCAGACACAACCCUUCACAUCAAAUAUCUCACCCACAGGCAGGCACCAACAAUUCUCUAGUAGAAAGGGUAGCACCAUCUUCCACUGAUGGUGUCUCCCAGAGCAACGGCGAUGGGACCCCACCCACUGACUCUGUGGAGUUACCUAAGCUGAAGGGAAUUGGUCGCAGCAGGAUGGCUCGCUUCAGCUUGUACCGACACCUACAAAAACACACUCUGCCACACGCAGACAGCAUCAGCAGUGUUGACAGUGCAGGGAGUGGUUCUGUUCAAAGUCUUAAGACCGGAGUUGGCGAGCUGCAAGGAAACACCCGUUUCUGGCAUGGAAAAGACUACUGCAACUUUGUCUACAAGGACUGGAUCCAGCUGGAGAAACCUUUUGAUGACUUUAUUGACCGAUACACCACUCCUAGAAUGCCUUGGCAUGACAUCGCCUCAGUGGUUCAUGGGAGAGGCGCCAGGGACGUGGCGAGACACUUCAUUCAGCGAUGGAACUUUACUAAGAUCAUGAAGCCAAAGUAUCGCUCUCUGUCUUAUCCAUUCCUCCUGCCCAAGUCUCACUCCACUGCCAAUGAGCUCAAGUAUCAAGUCGCAGGAUGUGUUAAUACAAACGUUCAGGUGUUACGGUCAGCAGCAGACUGGUCAGCAGGUAUUAAAUAUCACGAGGAGUCCAUCCAUAAUGCCUACAUACAGGUCAUUGCCAAGAGCAAGCACUACAUCUACAUCGAGAACCAGUUUUUCAUCAGCUGUGCUGACAACAGGACAGUCUAUAACAAGAUCGGAGACGCCAUCAUUGAAAGGAUCAUCAGGGCAUACAACGAGGGUAAGAAGUUUCGUGUGUACGUAAUCACGCCUCUACUUCCUGGCUUUGAAGGAGACAUAAGCACUGGUGGGGGGAGUGCCCUCCAGGCUGUCAUGCACUUCAACUACAGAACGAUGAACCGAGGAGAACACUCCAUCAUCUCCCAGUUGAAAAAGGAGAUGGACGACCAGUGGAUGAACUACAUCUCCUUUGCUGGUUUGAGGACCCACACGGAGCUGGAGGGACGCCUCGUCACAGAGCUCAUCUACGUCCACAGCAAAAUGCUCAUCGCUGACGACAACACGGUCAUCAUUGGGUCUGCUAACAUCAAUGACCGGAGCAUGCUGGGUAAACGUGACAGUGAGGUGGCUGUGAUUUUUGAAGACUCUGAAAAUGUUACCUCAGUGAUGGAUGGACAGGAGUACGACGCUGGACCCUUUGCAUUGCAGCUGCGUCUCGAAUGCUUCAGGACCGUCCUCGGGGGCCACACUGACUCUAGCAUUGACCUGUCUGACCCCGUCAGCGACCGGUUCUACAAGGAGGUGUGGAUGACGACAGCUGGACGCAAUGCUACCAUUUAUGAAAAGGUCUUCCGCUGUCUCCCUUCAUCCCUGGUUAGGAACAUGUCUGAGCUGGAACAAUUUCUGUCCAAGUCAGGUUUGGCCCAAACCGACGUGGCCCGUGCUCAGGAGGAACUGCGCAAAAUCCGUGGCUUCCUCGUCCAGUUUCCUUUGGACUUCUUGUCUGAGCAAAACCUGAUGCCUUCUGUUGGAACCAAGGAGGCCAUGGUGCCAACUGAGAUCUGGACAUAAUGGAAGAUAGCAGAUACUUUAAAAACCACAUGAAAAGAUCCAGAGAUGAGAGCUAGAGAUGCUGUUUCCUGGCUUUAUUUGACAAAUCUCUGAGAAGAAGAAAAACACUUAACAGUUCAAAGCUACUACUUGUGUGUGGAUGAAGAACAUCAACAUCUGCUUUGUGACUCCAUGAAAAGUAUGAAAAACUCUUGGUUUGGGGAAUCAGUGUCAAGUCUGGAUACGAGUUGACUCACAGAAACACAGAAGGGACCACGGCGAGGAAGCUAGAACAUCUCAACAGCUGUACCAAGAUUCUCAGCAUGAGCCUCUGAGCAACGUAAGCGAGUCAGUCUGCAAUGUGGGAGUUUGAUGCUUUAGGCAGACUUGUUGAGUCUGCACAUGUGUUGCUUUUUAUGUCUUCAAGGUAAUUUCACUAUUACUCUUAUUUCUCAGCAGUGGUGCAUGCGUUGUUAGCAAACUGUUGAUAUGGAAGCCAUAAUGCAUGUAUAAAGAGCUCACUUGGUUUUUAUGGAAACAAAAAUCAUCCAACAUGUAUUUCUCGCGAGCUAUGUGUUGAGUGUGAGAUCUGAACAUAAACACAGAUUUAACAGUGAGAUUACAGUAAAAAAAAAAAAAGAAGAAGAAUCAAUCAGAUUUGAAGGAGUGUUUCAUUUUGCCCAGUAGAGGGUGCUAGCUUCUUUAAAAAAAAAUCAGUCUACAAUGGGUCAGAAAGGAUCUUCGCAACUGAUUUUAUUUAAAUGUAAAAUAAAGAAGGGUUCGGAGGUGAAAUGAAAAAAAAAGAAGAAAAGAUUAGUUUAAGUUAAAUGUUUCAUUUAUUUUCUUGUUUCAGACUAAAAAGUUUGAAUCCAACAUGAGAAAAACCAGUUGGUUUAUGACUCAUGUGCUGGUAUGCAUGAGCUGGGUCGUUUAAUUGUGGCUGAUCACGGCAUUCCUCUGAAUUUGGAUCUACACAGAGACUUCUUUGGAAAUGAGGAGCAGUCAUUAUUGUUCUAAGACUGCAGGAAUGAUUGCGCUGAAUAGAGUUGUUCUGCAAGAACGACUGGCUGACAGUGUUAACAGACUGGAUAUUGUAAAUCUGCACCAUCAUUGACUCAUUGAUGCCAUAAAAACAAGAAAUCUGUUAUUGCCAUCACACAUCAACAUGAAUCACUGUUUCUAGGGAAAAGGAGGCAGGCUUUUGGAUGUUUUAUGAAGAAAAUCUGAUUUAUCAGACACAUUUAGCUCUGAUAUAUAUGUCCAAAAAUUAUUUAUGGAAUACAAAGUUUUUAACAUUGUUUAAACAUUAUAUUUAAUAAAUAAUAUAUAGUUGUAUUGAUGUUAGUGGAUUUGUAAAUGUAACUCCUGUUUUUGUUUCCAUACCCACUAUGCAGCUGACUCGUUUAGCUCUCAGAACCUCCCUUUUGUACAAUCUGAAGUAAUUUACCUGUGUUCAUUUAAAAUGUUGUCAUUAAAUGACUAGCAAGUCUAAUAAAUUAUUUCUGUUUUCAUUCCAUGAAAAUAAACUGCCUCAAAGUGGUCA